AUGACGUCCCAGAAGUCACAGACCACACCGUCAGCGUCGACGUCAACGGCGCCACAACCCGAAAUCCUCGUCCGCGGCCUGACGUACAAAUUCCCCGACGGCUCGACCGGCCUGGAGGACAUCAACCUCUCCCUCCCCGCCGGGUCGCGGACGCUGCUGAUCGGGGCCAACGGGGCGGGCAAGACGACGCUCCUGCGGCUCCUGUCGGGCAAGAAGCUGGCGCCGUCGCGGGCCAUCGCCAUCGCGGGCGUCGACCCGUUCGCCUCGGGCCUCGAGGGCGUCACCUACCUGGGGCUGGAGUGGGUGUUGAACCCGAUCGUGCGGACGGACAUUGCGGUGCCGAUCUUGCUGGAGAGUGUGGGUGGAGGGCAUUAUCCCGACAGGCGGGACGAGUUGGUCAGGAUAUUGGAUAUUGAUCUCUCGUGGCGGAGUUAG